UGCGCAAUGCCGUCCGCGCGGUCCAGUCGAGUCGCGCACUUCGAGGACAUACAUACUUGUCACGCUUUUGUGCUAACGAGAUACAAUCGUACGUAAAGGUUAGAACAUCGAUUCUUACUUUGUGAAUUAAAAACUCGAAACUUGUCGAAGUGAGAAGUAAGUGAGUCUCGACAAUGGCGGCGGUGAAGAAGGCGAUAGCAAUGAGGCAACUGGACUCGAUGUUCGGGACUAUGACCUUAGAGGGCGAGGGUCGCCAUUCCCCAUUAGUCAGCUCGACCAUCGAGCACGACCCGCAUUGCGACGUCCACGGUCGAUGCAGCACCCCUUACAGAUCGUCGCUGUACCUCCACAGUAGGGAGUCAACCCCUGGAUUCAGAGAGUCUGUAUCGCCGACCAACGGACUCAUUAUCAGGCGUAGGGGAUCGCUCGUUAUACCGGGAUCGCCUUCGCGAGACAUCGAACACCCUUCGACAUUCCCCAGCACUCUACGCAGAGAGCGCCACAGUCCCUCCCAAACGCCUCCAAGGAGAGACACCCCAAGCCCUACACAAAGAUAUAGUUCAAAGAGGCAUUCGAUGGGAUCAUUCCCGAAUUUAUCAAGAAGCAACAUCGUGAAUUAUAACCGACGAGAUUCCCUCAACAGUACUGGCAUAAGAGAUAUGAAGAGAGACUACGUCGUCGGUUCCCUCAACUCUCUAUCAAGAAAGAGCUCGAUAGAUACGAAAAAAUCAUCAACCGAUUCUUUAGAUAUGUGGCAGUCUACUUGGGACUUUGAUCGACAUAAAAGUAAUUCAUCACUGGCGUCUGAUGAAAGACUGUCUUGCGGACACAAUAAGGUAACUAUAUUGAACAGUACUUCACUGUUGUCUGUGUGAAAUGUAGGCCCUUGUACAUGCUGGACCAGUGCACUUGGACCAACUUUUACAUCACUACUUGGCGUAUUUUGCUCGUUCACACAAUAAUUGGUAUACAUUGGCCCAGUGCGUUGGUCCAAUGUUUACUAGUACCUUAGUAAAUAACAUACGA